AUGGGACUGCCGCCUCCCGAGCCCAUUGACCCAGAUGGGCCAGAGGCGGCCUUCUACGACGGAGUCACGAUGUCGGCGGCCAGGUGGACCCCUCGCCUGCACUCGCCAGAGUCGGGAGCCGACUGCUGGAUGCAGUGGUGUCAGCCCUACGUCAGGGAGCUGCUCAUGCAGGUCCAGCAUGACCACUGGGUGCAGGAGGCUCGCCAGGGCAGGUCUUUGGAUCAGAUGGCGGAGGACAUCUGCGCAGAGGCCUGGGAAGAUGGAGCGGAGAAUCGUGACGAGGAGAUACUGAGGUUCGUCACGCCUGAGGGAGGUCAGACGCACGGCUUUGACUUGGACAGGCCCAUGGAGGCCGCUGCCCAGUGGUUCGAUGCGGCGGAGGCCGAGCUGGUCAAGCUUCAUGAGCUGGGAGAAGCCAGGGGGUACGCAGGCAGGUCGUCUGGCUGCCAGAUUCAGAAGGUCCCUAUGCAGGCGGCCUGGGGUCAGGAUCUCAACCAGCGCUGCUCGGCCCCGACGGUCCCUGACCCUGCGGCUGCUGCCUCGCUGGAGAGGUUCCUGGAUAGGGCGUCCGAAGGAACGCAGCCGUGGAAGGCCCAGGCCUUCGCGCUUGUCGCGGCCGGCCGCGGCGAGACCACGCCGCACGAGGUGAUGUCCCAGCGGACACUGUUCAGAAGGGUGUCCAGUGGCGAUGAGGACCACCAGGACCUGCAGGAGAGCUUGCCCCCACAGCUGGAGACGGCGCAGCAGGGCUCCGGGCACGGCAUCCUGACGGAGCUGCUGGAGCAGGCGUUGCGGGAGUCGCUGCAGGAGCUGGCGCGGAGCACCGCGGACGCAGCGGGCGGCGGCGGCGGCCAGUCCCUGGACGGCAUCGUGCGCAGCGUGGCGGCCAAGGUUGUUGACGAGGCCAGGGCGAACCUGGAGCGCAACAGAGCCAGGUUGCUGGCGCAGAUAGCUACAGAGACGGACUUGCUCAGCCGACACCACAGCAACCCAAUGGCCAAAGGAAGGAAUGCUCGUGACGGGUGGCAGCAGGAACGUGAGCAUCGACCGCCGCCUUGGACCACGACUCCACCCAAGCAGAAGGCCGACGCCCCAACCCAGACGGAAGACCUCAUUCCCAUUAUGCCCGCGUCGCCAGAGUGCGCCACCUCGCACAAGAGGCGGCGCGAUCCACCAGCAGAUGCACAGCAACUGGGAGAGUUCCGAAACACUUUGACGGCCACCAUGGAAUCUUUAGAAAAGCAGAUUUGCUGCGCCGCGGACAUGAAGCUUGGAGAUAAUCCGAUCAAUGCCUGGAGGUACGAGUACGGUGUAGCCUUGUACCAGAUGAUGCAUUCCAGACCGCCACAAGCACGAAAGGCGCUAGACGCGGCCUCCGAGCAAUGUCAGGCGUUGCAGGGCGAACGAGCACAAUCAGAAUCGUUUUUCGAGCAUUGCGAGGAGUUGGAAGAUGAACAGCUUUUCGCCACAGCAGUUUCCAAUCCUUGGGACGAUGGCGACGAGGAUCUCGUGGAGGAGGACGAAGACAACAACUUCGCCGCAGGGGACCACGCCAUCCAGCGGCACCAUCAUCACCACCAAGUGUCAGAUCAGCUGAACGAGGAGCAGGACCACAGCGCCCAGCAUCUCAGCCUCAUGCGCAGCACCGACGUCAGCAAGCGGGCCUUGUUAGCCGCCUUGCAGCAGUCCAACUUACAGAUGCCCCACACCAUGAAGACAUUCCAGCAGGCGGCAUCCACUCUCCGGAAUGACAUCAGCCACAUGAGGUCCGAGCAGCAGGCAGAGAAGAGCAAGAUAUCCGAGAUCGCAGCAUAA